AGAAGACCGGGAAGGUGCUGGGGGAGUUCUCCCGCUGCUACAGAGAGCAAUAUGGGGUAGCACUCUUCAACAGCGUCCGCUAUGAGGUUGAAGGCAAUGGGGGGCCGCAGUCACAGCUGCUGCACCGCAAGGUCCCGCUGGAGGACCACGUCAUCUACUCGGGCAACCUCUUCCAGUACAUCGAAGAGAACAAGAAGUGGAGGAACCGCUUCUGCGUGGUCCCGCACAACUAUGGGCUGGUGCUGUACGAGAACAAACUGGCUUAUGAGAGAGAGCUGCCUCCCCGCGUGCUAAUCAACAGUGCGGGCUACAAGGUGCUCACCUCGGUGGAGCAGUACCUGGAGCUGGUGAACAGCAGCCUGCCCGGCGUCACCCCCAAAUCGGGGAACACCCCCAUCCUGAAGUGCCCCACGGAUUUUCCCCUCAUCCUCUGGCACCCCUACGCCCGGCACUAUUACUUCUGCCUGAUGACGGGCAAAGAGCAGGAGAAGUGGGGAGCGGUGUUCCAGGACUGCGUGCGGCACUGCAACAACGGGAUCUCGGAGGACUCCAAAGUGGAGGCCCCAGCCUUCACCGACGCCGUCCGCAUGUACCGCCAGUCCAAGGAGCAGUACGGCACCUGGGACAUGCUGUGCGGCAACCAGACCCAGGUCCUGAGCAACCUGGUGAUGGAGGAGCUGCUGCCGGAGCUGCGGAGCGCCAUCGGCCCGCGGCUGAAGGGCAAAGCACAGGAACGCCAGCGGGCCUGGAUCCAGAUCUCGGAUGCUGUCUAUAGGAUGGUCUACGAGCAGACCAAGUCACAAUAUGAUGCCAUGGUGGCCAAGUGUGAGCUGGAGCGGCCCCAGAUGGAGAGCAGCAUCCGGACUGACAUGGACCAGAUCAUCACCUCCAAGGAGCACCUGGCCAGCAAGAUCCGAGCCUUCGUCCUCCCCAAAGCGGAGAUCUGUGUCCGCAACCACGUCCAGCCCUACAUCUCCUCCAUCCUGGAGGCCCUGAUGACCCCCACAAGCCAGGGCUUCGCCGAGGUGCGGGAGGUCUUCUUCAAGGAGGUGACGGACAUGAACAUGAACAUCGUCAACGAGGGCGGCCUGGAGAAGCUGGUGGAGUACAUGGAGAAGCUGUCCCACCUGGCCUUCCACCCGGUGAAGAUGCAGUCGUGCUACGAGAAGAUGGAGCAGCUGAAGCUGGAGGGCCUCCAGCAGCGCUUUGACGUCUCCAGCACAUCUGUCUUCAAGCAGAGGGCCCAGAUCCACAUGCGACAGCAAAUGGAUGAUGCCUUGUACACCUUCGAGACGCUGCUCCACCAGGAGCUGGGGAAGCUGCAGGGCAAGGAUGAGCUCUGCAAGUCCAUCCAGCGCAUCCUGGAGAGGGUGCUCAAGAAAUAUGAUUACGACAGCAGCACCGUGCGGAAGAAGUUCUUCAGGGAGGCCCUGCUGCAGAUCACCAUCCCCUUCCUGCUGAAGAAGCUGGCGCCCACCUGCAAAGGGGAGCUAGCCAAGUUCCAGGAGCUCAUCUUUGAAGACUUUGCCAGCUUCAUCCUGGUAGAGAACACGUACGAGGAGGUCGUGCUGCAAUCUGUGAUGAAGGACAUCAUGCAAGCCGUGAAGGAGGCAGCCGUGCAGCGGAAGCACAACCUGUACCGCGACAGCAUGGUGAUGCACAACAGCGAUCCCAACCUGCACCUGCUGGGCGAGGGCACCCCCAUCGACUGGGGCGAGGAGCACGGCGGGCAGCCCGAGGCUGAGCCGGCCGCCGACAAGCGCCGCAGAGCCAAGCAGGUGGUGUCGGUGAUCCAGGACGAUGAGGGGGCCCUGCCCUAUGAGAUGGGUGCGGAGAUGCUGAUGUCGCCCAGCUCUCCGGAGCCGCCGAGGUCCCCGGAUGGGGUGACGGAGAUUCGGGAAGCGCUGUCCAAGGAGAGCAUUGAGGUGCUCACAGAGGAGCGGCUGACGAACGGUACCCACGGCACGCGGGACAGCGGUGCCACCAAGGAGGUGGUGGUGGCAGCGGGGGCUGCACCAGGUGAUGUCCCCCCAAAGGGUCCGGCCGGUGAAGGGGAUGGGGUGCGGCGUCCUGCGCCGGCAGCACCCACAUCUGGAGCCGAGGUCCCGUCAGAGGAUGGGGUGCGCCGUGCACCACCAGCAGCACUGGCACCCGGAGCUGAGAGCACAGCAGGGGGUAAGGUGCAGCAUGCCAUGCCUGCGUCACCCACAACUGGAGCUGAGGUCCUGCCACAGGAUGGGCUGCACCGUGCUGCGCCUGCAUCACCCGUAUCUGGAGCUGAGGUCACAUCUGGAGCCGAGAUCCCAUCUGGAGAUAAGGUGCAUCGUGCCACACCGCCAUCCCCUGCACCCAGAGCUGAUGUCCCACCCAGCGACAAGGUGCACCACGCCAUGCCGGCGUCACCUGCAUCCGGAGCUGAGGUCCCAUCAGGAGAUGAGGUGCCUCACGCCACACCACCAUCCCCUGCACCCAGAGCCGAGGUCCCAUUGCCACCCACUGGGACCGCUUGCCACCAGCGCAGUGACAAGGAGACGGGUGAGGAGGUGGCCCUCCCAGUGGCAUGCAGCCCCCCACCGCCCGCGGGCACGACGGAGAGCUUUGAGGGGAUGCAGACUGAGUUCUAGCCCCAUUCCCGCUGCAGACUGGCCCUGGUGAUGCUGGGGAUGGGGGCUGGGACCAGGGAGGGAUGGGGAACACCUAACUGGGAAGAGCCCUGUGUGGUCCUGCUAGGAGAGGCUGGGGGGGGCCUGGCUUGGCACAGGGCACCCGCUGCACUCUGCUCUGUCCUUCUUCUGCCUUAUUUCCUUCUUUUCUACUGGAGAGAUGCUUUACCCACCCCGGGGCUGCAGGAUGCUCCCACUGCCGUCCCCAUGCCCACAGCGGUGGGGUGCUCCUGGGCAUCCUCUGCUACCACCGAGAGGAGGUUCCACCAACAUGUCCACGAGGGUUGGGGUGUGCAGCACUGCGUGGCAUUUGGUCCUGGGGGGUGCACCCCACCUCGCUGUGCACAGGUGAGCACCCCCUGCCCUCACACCAGCAGUGAUGGGGCACAGCCGUGGGGCUUCAGCAGAGGUCUGGGGGGGGGCGGUACCCCCCCAGUGCAGGGUUGGACGCAGGCUCUGGGUGGGGAUGCACUAAAAGCACUGGAGAAAUGGUUGGGGCUGGGGCGUCUGCGUGUACCCGUGUGUGCACACCUGCAGCCCCCCCGCAGCUCAACUCGACCCCGCUGUAGGUUUGGUGCCGCUGUUUCUGCCACUCCAGGGGGUGCCCAGCCCAAACCACUGGGGAAGGCCCCCCCCCCCCCCCCCCCCGAAGUGCCUUGCUUUGGGAACUUCAAACCUGUCUCUUCCAAGAUAUUUUAUUAAGAAUGUUAUACAAAUGUUUUAAAAAUAUAUAUAUGCUUAUAAUAA